UAACAGGUUGAGUUUAGACCACGUUCCUGGAACUAAGAGUCCUCAAAGUUUGAUCCGCAGAUAAUCAGAUUUUAGGCAAACCACGUGCCUCCACAAUCCUUUCCUAAUGUAACACAGUUUUGAGAUCUGCAGCAUGAACACUGGCUGUUUUGUUUUAUAAUAGGCUAACAACUAUUCUUCACCAAAAGCUUUUGCGGAACGGUGAGAGGAAACUGCGAAACAAUAAAAUAAUAAAAACCUUGUUCACACGACCCUGAUUCAGAUGAAGUUCGAAUUUAACCGCCUCCUGUUAAUUAACGUCUGUUUCUAUCUCCGCAGUUUUCCCGUUACUGAAUCUGUGUGUGUGUGUGUGUGUGUGUGUGUGUGACCCCGGGAGAUGGAGAGGCAGAGCCCAGGAGAGAGGCAGGCAGAUACUAAUAAGACUGUAGCCGCCGCCGCUACCCCCACCACCACAUCAGCUGCGGUCACCAUGGCAACAGUCAGCUCCAGCAGCACCACGUGCACCCAGGCGCCCUCCGCUUCCCUCAGCAUCAUACCAUCAGACAGACAGGCAGUCCAGGUGAUCCAGCACGCCAUCCACAGACCUCAGAGCAUGGCGGCCCAGUACCUGCAUCAGAUGUACGCAGCCCAGCAGCAGCACCUCAUGCUGCAGACAGCAGCCCUGCAGCAGCACCAGCACAACCCCCAUCUGCAGAGUCUGGCCACAAUACAGCAGGCUUCUGUCUGUCAGAGGCAGUCUCCGUCUUCAUCCACUGGCAGUUUGGUUCAACCUGCUGGUGUUUCCCAGAGCUCAAUCACUUUACCAGCGUCUCCAGUAACAGCCCAGCUGAUUGGCCGCACCCAAACGUCCAACUCUGCUGCUGCUGCGACCACCAUAUCCCAGCAGGCCAUGCUCCUGGGAAACAGACCGGCCAACUGUAACCAAGCUCAGAUGUACCUUCGAACUCAGAUGCUCAUUCUAACUCCUGCAGCCCCGGUGGCUGCAGUUCAAUCAGACCUCCCUGCUGUCACCUCCUGCUCCUCUUUACCUACCUCCUCUCAGGUGCAGAAUCUGGCUCUGCGUGCCCACUUGCCUGGAGCUCUGGCUACAGCCCACAGUGUCAUCUUAAAGCCAUCUGCCCAGUCCCAAGCCCUGUCUCCAGCUGCCUCUUUGUCCAAGGCAUCGGUUUGCGCUCUGAAGGCCAACCAGCUGACUGACGUCUCAUCUGACACGGGUCAGCCUGGACCCCAGAUUAUAACCCCAGCCUAUUCUCCGGUGCAGACCCACGCUCUGGUUAAGCAGCAGCUGUCCUGUCCAUCAGGCCAGCGGGUGGCGCACCACCAGCUCAUCCUCCAGCAGGCUACAGCAGGUGCUCUCAACCACAGACAGCUCCAGCCCAUCGCCCUCAGAGUAGCCCCUCAAGAAUCCAACUCCAGCCCUCUUCCUCUUUCAGUGAAGAGACUGACCACCCCCAGCACCCAGUCACAAACCAACAGUGAUUCCCAAGCCCCCUCCUCCUCCUCCUCCUCUUCUUCAUCUGUCACCAAUGUGUUUGCGUCGUCGGCUCAGACCUCAAUCCCAGCUGCCGCCGUUCAGCCUCAGCCUCCUCCCCUGGUGGCUGCUCCGCAGCGUCGGACCUCAUUCCCACAAGUGCAGAAUCAGCCUCCGCCUCCUCCUCCACCCCUGGUUCUCCCCAGGCUGCCCCAGAACCCACCAGCCUCCCUCCAGAGGCUGUCCCUGCACUCGGUCCAGGCUUUGGCCGUCCAGUCGGGGCAGAUGCUGCUGACGGAGCAGGAGCUGCCUGUGGCGGAGGCCCUGGUCCAGAUGCCCUACCAGAACCUGCCUCCUCCACAGACGGUGGCCGUCGAUCUGAAAGUGCACCCGGUCAGGCGCAGCGAAACUCCAUUGUCGGGGCAAACGUGCAAAGUGAAUGGAGUGAGCUCAGAGGAGAGGAAAGAUGAACGUUCUCCAAGUCGACAGAGGGACAGGACCCCCACACCUCUGGCUGCGUCUCCUAAGCAGAAUGGUGCAGUGAUGGGUUCAGCCCCCGUCAUGUCCAGUCACUCAGUGAUCAGGUCACCACAGGUGGAGGAGCCCUCCCAGCUCACCACCGCCACCAUCAACAGCAGCAAUGGCAGCAACCCUCCUCCUCCACCUCCUCCUCUACCUCCCCCCAUCCUUCCUGCCGCAGCCAGAGGCCCCAGCCAGCCUCCCUCUGCACCGGCCAGCCUCCCAGGAAGCCCCGACAGGAUACUCACCACCCACGUCCUCACACACCUCGUAGAGGGCUUUGUCAUCAGAGAGGGCCUGGAGCCAUUCCCGGUGGGUCCUUCCUCACUCUUAGCAGAGCAGCAGGCUUCACUUCCAGAGUCCCAGGAGAUUCACACCAACGGGGAUGCAGCAGAGGACAGUCCUCUGGAUGCUGACCAGUCAGAUUCAACUGACUCUGAGAUGGAGAACGAUGUCCCUACAGCAGAUGUUGCAGAGCUCGGGGAGGGUGUGGCAGGUGUGCUGCAGUGUGAAUACUGCGGGAGCAGAGGUUACGCUCAGACGUUUCUGCGCUCCAAACGCUUCUGCUCCAUGACGUGUGUCAGGAGGUUCAGCGUGAGCUGCACCAAGCGUAUCACCAUGCUAAGAGCAGGUCGCUGGGGUCACAGGCCGGUGGGCCGGAGAGGACGACCCCCCAGCAGAGUCAAUGGAGCCUCCAGAGAACAUUUCCUGAGACAGGCUCGCGGGUCAUGUGGCUCAGAGGAGAUUCAGCAGAACUCAGUGAGAGAGGAGGAAGAGGAGGAGGCACAGGAAGAGGAGGAUGACGACGACGACGAAGAGGAGGAAGACGAGCCUCCCGUUCCCAUGAAGACCAGGCUCCGGAAGCAGGCCGAGAGGGAGCGGGAGAGGGAACAGGAGAGAGAGCAGAGGAUGCCGGAGACCAUCAGCGUUUCUGACGGAGAGGAGGACGUUGGCUGUCCGUCCCUGUGGAACGUGGAACAAGUGUUUUCUUAUAUCAAAUCCCUGCCAGGUGGUCAGGAUGUAGCCGAAGAGUUUCGCUCCCAGGAAAUCGACGGACAGGCUCUGCUGCUGCUCACGGAGGAUCACCUCGUCAGCACCAUGAACCUUAAACUGGGACCUGCACUGAAACUCUGCGCCCACAUCAACUCUCUGAAAGAUGCAUAAGAAAUUAACAUUCCUACUUUAAAGACAAUGAGUUUGUGUUGCUCUGGAAAAACAGAACAACGGUCUUUUUAACCCUUCACUCUCUGCAGAGACGACGAGGAAGCACCGCUCAUCUUUAAAGGAUUUAUACAGAGCUGAUCAAAAACACAGAGUGGAUUCAUGUUGAACUGAAAUCAUGAACGCACAGGCUGCAGUUUCCCUGAGACCACUGCCAAGGAUUUCAGUCCUGACUCCUCCAGCUGUUUUAGUCUGUCACACAGCGGAGGUUUUCAGAUUGAAGUCCACUCACUCUCACAGCUGAUUUUAACAUGAUGAGCAGUUCUUUCUGCAACUUCUCUGGUUACUUCAUCGUAGUGAUUGUUCGACUCCAGUUAUCCAUUUGUUUCAAAAUGGUUUUAAAAAGGUCUUUGUAUCAUUUGUAAACAAAGAAAACAAGCUAGCAUUUACAUUAUUACACGUGCCGGAUGCUGUACAGUUUCAAAGUUUACACAGAUUACUGCCUACUGUCUUCAAGGGGGACUUUGAUACAUUUAUCAUCAGCAAACAGUUGUAAUGAAUUAUGAAAACUAACUGAAAACAAGGCUAUUUAUUGUUAUUUAUUAUUGUAUUAUUGCCAUAAUUAAUAUACAAAUAAAUCCAUUUGGAAACCAUUGUUUUACUUUUA